GCGUGCCGGGCGGCGGGCCGUGCAGCUGGCGGCGGCCGCGGCGCCCUCGGCCGGCUGUCGGCAGCAGAGCCCGUUUCUGUAGCGGCCAGCGCGAACGCACCGGCGGCACGCUCUAAUUAAUUGCGGCAACCGGCCAGCGGGCCCGACGCGCGUGUGGGCCUGACGGCGGCGGACCCGAGUUGAGCCCGAUGCUGUUGUCUGUUGAGCGCGACGUGGUGAUGAUGCAAGAGGAGGCCGUCAAACCUCCGCCAUCGACGGCCAGCAGCGGACUGCGCGCCACCGACUUCUCGAUCGCCGCGAUCAUGGCGCGAGAGUCGCCCGGCCAGCCGGCCAGCGCCUCGUGGCCCUCAGCAGCCGCCAGCUCCGAACGGCUGCUGGAGGAGCCCGAGGAGGCGUCCCCGGGAAGCGCGGGCGAAUGCCGGCUGGCGACGGCCUCUUCUCCAGCGCCUUCCAGCGACGCCCCGCUGAGCCCGUGCGAGUCGCGGUCACCGUCUCCCUGUCGCAGCACGGUGUCGCCGGCGGUGUCCACCCAGGGCGAGGACGGCGCGUCGUCAAGAGACUCCGGCGCGGGCACCAGCGGAGGCGGCGGCUCCUCUUCGUCCAAGACAUCGAACAAUCCCUACGCGGCCGGUCUCAAGCCGCGCUGCAAUUCGGAGGAACUUGUGCACGUAGACUGCCACCUCGAGAACAAGGACCUCUGGGACAAGUUUCACGAUCUCGGCACCGAGAUGAUCAUCACGAAGUCCGGAAGGAGGAUGUUCCCUACCGUACGAGUUUCCUUCUCCGGGGUGCAGCCCGACGCUCGGUACAUUGUGCUCCUGGACAUCGUUCCUGUGGACAACAAGCGGUACCGGUACGCGUACCACCGGUCCUCGUGGCUGGUGGCCGGCAAGGCGGACCCUCCGUCGCCGGCGCGCCUCUACGCGCAUCCGGACUGUCCCUUCACGGGGGACCAGCUGCGGAAGCAGGUCGUCUCCUUCGAGAAGGUCAAGCUCACAAACAACGAGAUGGACAAGCAGGGACACAUUGUCCUGAACUCCAUGCACAAGUAUCAACCCCGUAUACAUCUGGUCAAACGACGGCAUAACGCCCCGAAUGUUCCCGUUAACGAUCUCGAAGCUGAACAGUUUCGAACGUACGUGUUUCCCGAGACGGUCUUCACAGCUGUCACGGCGUACCAAAAUCAACUGAUAACGAAAUUAAAGAUAGACAGCAACCCCUUUGCGAAAGGGUUCAGAGAUUCGUCGCGGCUUACAGAACUUGAAAGGGAGACCAUGGAGUCGCUGAUCACGGAUCACCCGUUCGCGCGUACGCCCCUGCGCACCUUCCUGGAGAACGGCGGCGACCCCGAGACGGCGGCCUACCUGCACGAGAAGGGGCUGCUGGGAGGCCUGGGGCCACCGUCGGCGGCCGCGGCCGUGGCGCGAGCGUCGCUCCUGUGGAAGCCGCCCGGCAUGGAACUGUACGCGCAGCCAUCGCUGUACGCCCUGGGCGUGCGCGCACCUCCGCCUGCGGGCAUACCGGCCCAGCUGUGGUCCCAGUGGGCGGCGGCUGCCGCCGGCGCGGCUCUGCCGCCGCACCUGGCCUCGGUGCUGAGCGGCGGAGCAGCAGCCGCGGCCGCUGCGGCGGCGGCUGCGGGCGGCGCGCUGUUCCCGCCCAUGAUGCGGCCCGCGGCGUCGCACACUGAGACGCUUCACUCACUCGGACUGUACCGCUAUGCGCCCUACGUGUACCCGAAGAAGGACAGCCCGUCGGCCGCGGGAUCGCCGGCCACUACGCCAGACGCCAGCGACGCGGCGCCCACUUCCCCACCGGGUGGCUUCCGCUCGUAACGACGGCCUAUUUAUCGGCUGCGGCCAUUAUUUAUAGACUGUGCGAACGGGUGCGCCGAUCACGGACAGCGCCCCGAGAGACGAAAGGGCUGCGGUCGUUCCGGAGACCGUCGACGCGCUCCGCUGCCGCCGUGUCCACCUCUGGCGACCUCCGACUACCGCUGCACCAACGGCAAACGACGUGCGCGCUUUGUGUGCCCCCCGCUGCAGUUUCCUCUCGGACUAUGACGACAAACGUGGACUGUCCUCGGACACGAAUGUAUUUGUGCUCUUUGGAAUUGUGCAAUGUUCACCGAACAAAAGAAAUGCGCGUCUGAUGUAAAGGCGUCUGGGAGGGCAUCAUUUCUUGUUUCAUUUUGUUUCAAAUGAAGCAGGAAUUAGCGCACACGGGUUCUUUAGGCAGCAGCAGCGUUCUUCGCUCAGCCGGCUUAGAGUUGAGAGAACAAUAUUCCUGUGCUUAGAGCAGACAGAACAAUUAAUUCAUGACUCAUACCUUUUAAAUUGUCUUAUUUAUAUUUAUUUGAGGCACGAGGCAGAACAAAUUAUAUUCCGUAUAAUCUUUUAUUUCGCGGACUAGAAUUCUUACCUUUUGUAGUUGGCCAACAUGAGCUGCCAAGGGGAGGAAUGUAUAAACGUAAUGCUUACGAAAAGUGGGACAGACAAAAAAAGAAAGUUUUCAGUUUCUAUAGUUCCCUCGCUCGGUUUGGGCGAGUGUCAAACAUGAUAUGGCGGUCUCGGCUGCCCUCCGCCUCCCCGCCCUUGUACAUACACGAUCAAACGCGUUCUUUCUGCGAAGGUACCUUCACGGCUCGUCACAGUCCGACAACGACGCGGCUCUUGUGCUCCAACGCGGGGCGUUUCACCAAACACGUCGUGGCCGCUCAUAUCCCCAAAUGUCUCCGGCGAGCGCGACGCUCGGCCUCGCAGGCCGUUUGGAAGCAAGGUCGGCUGCUGCCGGGGUCUAAUUAAGCGAGUUGGCAUUAGGUCCUCGGGAAACAACUAAGCGAAAGCGAGUAAGGCUACCGAGUUCGAGAGGAAGCGGGAAACGAACUUCGCUCGUGAUAAGCGCAAAAAAAAAACCGUGCGCAAGAACAAAGCUCUCGGAGAGUCGCAUCUGUCUUGUCCAAGCGUAUCGCAGUGAGAAACGGAAGGGGUUCAUCCGGAACGCUGCGCACGUAAGCACAGCGAACCGAAGGAGAGUUGCGCCCUCGUGUGUUGCCCCCCGGAGACGGCGCGCUAUCAGCGGCGGCGACAAGCCAUGAGCUCGUAUAACGUCUGCGGCGCGCUGCUGCCUCUUGUCUUUCGACCUGGUUAUAUGCGGCCACCACAGAGCGGACCGGCGGUGGCUGGGCCGGACAGCGCACAGCGCUGAUCUGUUCGAUGUGAUUUGUGCGUGUAUGCUUGCGUACUCUGCCUGACACCCACCAGCCGCGUUAAGCUUUAGGCACCUGGCGUUUCUCUGAAAUGCCCCCCCCCCCCCCCGUUCUUUUCGUCGAGGAGAUAACUGGUAUUUAAAUGUAAAACUGUGUACAUAAGAAAUGUCUGCUGUUUGGAAUGAAAUAUAUAUAUUAUAUAUAUAAAUGAAGACUUUUAUUUCUGUAACUUAUUUACUUGCCCCUAUUUUUUUUUUAAGACUGAAUGUCUCCGUGCGCGAACGCUUUUUAUUAUUAUUAUUUUUUUUUUGAGUGACGAAGCGAAGAUAUGCGACGGCGGUCCAAGUGAUGUCAUUUAUGGGGAAGCCUACAAUGUUUUCUAACGCGAGAAGGGCUUUUCGCUGCGCACAAUGUGGAACCAAAAGCAUUUUUGUUCUUUCACGCCGCCUACGAAGUGUGCGAAACUGUGCAAUUGUCGUGUGUGCGUAGGCAAGUGAAUCGUGUCAUUAUAGAAAUGUGUGGCCCUAUCUGUGUCUGAGGGCCCCCCUUUUCGGGAGCCUGGGGCCACCGAACGUGAUAUUUGGCUUUUGCAGAGCAUGUCUCAUUGACCCCUGUUUUGUAGGAUGAUCUCAUUUUCUGAGCAGUAGGCUGAGUUCAAUGGCCGAUUGUAGACUAUGUGUACGGUGUGCACGCACGAGAGAAAUUGCUUGUCUUUGAAAACUUAUUCAUCGUGCUCUCUGUUAGCGCAUACGUUUCAUCGUGCGCUUAGGCUUGUAAAUAAACGAACAUGGUCUUGCAUAAAGGUGUGUGAAAAACAGGAGCCAUUUAGUUGGUAGGAAAAAAAAAAAAAAAGGCGCGUGGUGCUGAAUGUAUUCGAGCUUCUGCAUCUGAGGACGGAUUUAUGGACGGCCAGGAUGCAUUUGUUAGUUGGGGGAAUCGUUUUGUUUUUGAACAUGACGCUGGGUUUAAGAGUGAACCUAGUUCGCUUUUAAUUGAAGGUUAAUGUACGAACGCAGUUCCGGUGGGUCAGCGCUCAUGACAACUGUCUGCUUCGGCGCGUCCAUCAGCAUAUAGGUGCCGUGUCACACCACAGGGCAUCAGAUCCACAGGAAUCCACAUGGAGCAUCAGAUCCACAGGGCAUCACGUUGCACGGUCGGUUUGCUUAACGAGCACGAUGUAUGGUGCUUCCUUUCGCCGCAUCCGCAUUACCAGGCCAGUCUUGUCAGGCUUUUAUCUGACGUCUUCGCUCUAAUGGCGCGAUUUGGCGCUGUAGGUAUGUAACAAAUAAUAAACAAAUAGUCGUGCAUCAGGAAGCAAUCACACGGAAGCAAUUCCAGACACCGUCGCAUUUAUGUAUCAAGCACCACAGUAAUCAAGGCCAAAAUAUGCAUUAUCAUCGGGCAUCCGCAUCAGUCGGCAAACAUCUGGUAUACAUAACGCGGCCGCGAUUACAGCGGCAUGGUGAUCGUGAAAACCGAUUCGAUGCGACAGAAAGUCGAGUUGACACGAUGGCGGAACAUAAGUGGUAGCGGUUGUAUAGCGAAAGGAAGCUGAUAAAGAAAACUUAUCUUCCCAUUUCUUUUUUUUUUUUUUUGUCGAGCGGCCGCUGGCAGUUGUCUCACCCAAUCUAUCAUCCGCCAGCACUAAUUCAACAAUCACAGCCCAAAUGGCUCCUGUAUGCUUAAGAAAAAUUUUAAUGAGAGGUCUCAUUACUGAAUUUUGACGUGAUCACGAGGAGGAAAACUGGAGCAAUUUUUGUACAUAUAAUGAGCGUCGACGCCAAUGUUCACUGAAAUGAGGCCGUUCUCUCCCCUUGAAAUUAAGCACCAAACUCUGGAAGGCGAAAGUAAGCCUCCGAUUUUGCGAGAUUAAUUUUUCUCAGCGAACUGAAUGAGCGCCUGUAAUAAAAAAUAAAAUGAAAAUGCCUGAAAAAGCUCGCAUAAGCGUGGUUAUCAGCCACUUGUGACAGUGGACCAGGUGAUGACUAAUACAUGUGUCAGUGACCAAGAGUUUUUUACGAGGAGAAAGUUGUGGUAAUCCUGGCCUAUGUAGGAUGAAUGCGUUAGAGAAACCAUCGCAGAGCCGGUCUCUGAAAUAGAUACGAUUAUAUAAUGGGCGCGUAAAAUCACGUUUCCAUAGUUUUCAUUUGCACUCAUUUUAGCCACAGGCCUAGUGGCGUGACUACGCAUAACGAAGAAGCAAAGAAAAUGUUAACUAACGGACCUAAAAACCGUGCAAGCCCGCUUUCCUCACGAGGAACACAGUGCGCUAUAGAAGUCAAGCAAGAUAUCUGCAAAACAGGGGUUUGUAUAACGUGUGCGAUUUGUCCUGUAGGAUGACUCAAUUCAAAUCACGCUUCAUGACAUGUCUUCUAAUUCAUGCUGUACAUAAGUAUCGCAAUUGUUGUUUGCCUUUUGAUUGAAAGAUGUGAAUUCUAUGGUGUAAGAACCAAGAAUAAAAACAAGUGUGGAUGUCCCGCCUUGCA